AUGGCCUCGACCGCUCCCGCCGUCACAAAAGUCGACGCCGCCCCUCCCUUGCUCAUCAAGAAGCUGAGCGAGAAGGCGAAGCUGCCGACCAGAGGAAGCGCGUUUGCGGCGGGGUACGAUAUCUAUGCUGCGAAGGAUACGGUGGUUCCUGCGCGGGGAAAGGUGCUGGUUGAUACGGAUAUUAGUAUGGCGGUGCCAGACGGGACGUAUGGACGUAUUGCCCCUCGUUCCGGUUUAGCAUCUAAGCACAUGAUCGAUACGGGUGCUGGAGUCAUUGAUGCCGAUUACCGUGGCCAGGUCAAGGUAUUGCUGUUCAAUCAUGGAGAGAAGGACUUUGAGGUUAAGGAGGGAGACCGUGUUGCUCAAUUGGUAUUGGAGAGGAUUUAUACGCCGGAGGUGAUGGAGGUUAAGGAGUUGGAGGAGAGUGUUCGAGGUGCUGGUGGCUUUGGAAGUACUGGAUAG